GGACGAAGCUAGCUUUACCGCAGCGUACGCGUCAAAAUGCGUCUCGCUGCGUGCCUCGCGCUCCUGAGCAGCGCGUCGGCCUUCCGCGGGAGUCGGGUCGGCCGACGACCGCGCGUCGAUGCAGUCAAGUACCUCACGAGGCCGCAAGAUGUGGGCAUCGCCCGGCCCGACGCGCGGCGCACGCAUACGCUCACGUCGCGUCCCGCCGCCGCCGUCACUUCUGAUAGUACGGCGCAAGCACAAACACCGUCAACGGGAAAGAAGAAGAAGGUCCUCUUCCUCAUGUCUGAUACCGGCGGCGGCCACCGCGCCUCCUCCAAAGCGCUGGUGAAUGCCCUUGAGAGGUUAUACCCAGGAAAAAUAGACGCGGAGAUCGUCGACAUCUGGACGGAGCACGCGGGCUGGCCUUAUAAGAAUUUCGUACCGUACUACGCAGUGAUGGCCAAGCGCACGUGGAUGUGGCGCAUGAUGUGGUACUACGGGCGCUUCUGGCCGACGCGGAAAUUGCAGGAGAUCGCGACGCGGAUCCAGUGUUCUCGUAGAUUUGGCAAGUGCAUCGCGGACGCCAAGCCGGACUUAGUUGUGUCCGUCCACCCGUUGUGCCAGGACAUACCUCUGAGGCAGCUCGCGAAGAUCGACGGAGGUUCUCGCAAGACACCCUUCGUCACCGUAGUCACGGAUCUGGGAAGCGCACACAACACCUGGUUCGACGGACGAGGGGAUUAUACGUUUGUACCCUCAGAUGCCUUGGAGAAGAUGGCCUCGAGGUGUGGCGUGCCGGACGACAAGAUCAUCAAGCGGGGCCUACCGCUGCGGGAGGGCUUCUGGGACCUUGCUGGUUCUGAAAAAAUCAAAGAAGCGACACGCAACAAGUUGGGACUUACCACAGGUGUCCCUACAGCAUUAGUCGUCGGCGGCGGCGACGGCGUCGGGGGCAUCGCCAAGGUCGCGACUGCCCUUGGUGAUGCUCUAGGCGAAGCGAAGGACCCGUCGGGACUCGUGGUAGUCUGCGGCAAGAACGCGCAAGUAAAAAAGGAGCUGGAGGAGAGACAGUGGCCCGACAACGUGAAACCCACGAUCCUCGGUUUUGUUGAUAACAUGGACGAGUGGAUGGCGGCGAGCGACUGCAUCGUGACCAAAGCUGGUCCCGGUACGAUUGCCGAGGCCGCGACGCGGGGUUUGCCUUGUUUAUUAUCUUCCCACUUGCCGGGGCAAGAAGCCGGCAACGUGAAAUUUGUGGUAGAGAAUGGCUUCGGCGCGUUCGUCAAGAAGCCCGCGAAGAUCGGCGAGACCAUCGCGAAGUGGUUUUCGGACUUGAAUCUGCGGGAGCGGCUGUCGUCGAAGGCGCUCGAGGCCGCGCGGCCGUCCGCGACGCUAGACAUCGCGCGGGACAUCGGCGGACUGCUCUUCGAGGGGAAGGCGCCGCAGCAAGCGUAAUGUGGGG